UCGUCUUUUACUUUCGAGAUCUUUAGAUGUUCAUAGGAAAAUCUUUUGUCUUCAUUUGGGACCUUCAGCCUGUGUGUUCAGAUCGAAACUCGUUUCCAAAUUAAUGUCUUCAAAUCGGAGAUGACUAACGGCGGAUUCACAUGUUUAUGAAGCUUGAAAAAACUGCGCCUCAAUGCAACUGCAGUAAUUUUGAGGAUUAUGCUGGUGAUACACAACAAAUGGUGAAGCAAAAACCGAGAAUUACCCGUCGAGAACAUACCAAAAACCAACAAGAAGAUUGGACUCUGGUGAAGAAGCAGAAAAUCACUAUCUUAAUCCCACCACUGCCCAGCAUAGGCGAGGAUCAACUACAAGCAAACCCUGCAAAUUGUAGCUCACAGUCUUAUGAAGAAACACGAAAAUCUAAGUCUUUAUCUCCAAAACCCUGCAACUUAGCUUUUCAAAAGCCAUCAGGUUUCAGCAAUAGGACUGCUUCAGACAAUUCCCCACCUUGUGGAGAGGGCAAGGGCAAAAGCGUAAUAUUUUGUGAUGGUAGUGCUAUUCCUGAUCGAAGGAUGCGUGCCUCGUAUCUCGAGAAGAAAUUAAAGAGGGCUGGCGGGUUGGAGAAUUGGCUGCUUUCGCACGGGCUCGGCCAUUUUGUGAGGGUUUUCAGGGCAAGGAGCGUGAACAAAUUCCAGCUGGCGAAUCUAACUAUGAAGAAGCUUAAGGAUAUGGGGACGGAGGCCGUUGGGCCACGGAGGAAGUUGAUGCAUGCUAUCGACUGCCUCUGUGAACCCCACUGUUUUCUGCAGUUUUCUGGCGUCUUUUGAUAUGUAUAAGAAUUUUGUAUUGAUGUUUGUAAAUGCAGAGUCUUGUUAAGUUUUUUUCUUGAUGCAGUGUUUUCACUUCUCUGUGUUGAUUAAGGAAUGACUGUUGUUGUACUUGUAUGGAGAACUCAUGGGGAGAGCUUGUUCUGUGUGAUAUGUACAAGGCACAAUAGGUUUUAUCAGAAUAUAUAUUUGGAUUAUCCUUUUUAUUUAUA